UCACACCAAGCAAGUUCCAGCCCUCUGUGUUCAGGCCUGGGUUACCUGAAGCACAUCUGCCAACUCCUAGAGAAGAUCAGCCAGUUACAGAAAACCAACCUCCAGCUGCAGAGGAACAUUUGCAGUCUGCAGAAGGACAACAGAAUGGCAAAGACCAAAGAGGACUUUUUUCAGCAGCACUGCAGCUGUGGUGCAGCCAGUUUAGCCUUCCAGGACUUUCAGAAAAGACACUCUAAAAGUGAGUGUUUGGCAUCUAGUGGAACCCUCUCUGACCUGUCCACCAUCCCAGAGGUCACUACGCAUCCACUCAUGUCAGCUAAGAGAGGCAUGAGCAUUGAGGGUUUGACACCCAUCCCGCUGUGGAGGAGAAACCUGAACCGUAGGAGUUACACUGAGGAAGAGGUCCGAUUCUUCGGGGACAGCACCGAAAGACUGUCCAUCCCACAGCCCAGGCUGAGUGAAAACUACACACCCAGCCGCAUCAAAGAUCUGACGAGGAAAACUAAGUGGAGGAAUCAGGGCAGGCUAGAUCUUACCUCCGCUUCGCUGAAGAUGUCCUGCCCACAACUCUACAGGCCUGAUCUAGGACCAGUAAAACCUGCUGGCAAAAACAGGAACUCCAUGAUUGCCUUGGGCCACCAUAGCAAAUUGGACUUUCCUUGGCUUCAGUAAACAUCCAGAUCCGAUUCAGAUGGUCUCAUAUUAGGAAGAGGACACGAUGAAGUUAGACGCACAUGAUACAAGACUGGAAAUGAAGAAAAGAAGGAAAUGGAGAGAACAAAGAAGACCAAAGAAACUGAAGGAGUUAAAAAAAAAAAAAGAGGAUUCUAGUAUAAUGGAUGCUGUUGCUACACAUACAGAAGAAUAAGUGGGUUUAUAUCAAGACUUAUUCACUGUAAAAUAUAGGAUGUCAUGAAUUUAAGAAGAUUACUAUUACACUGUGACAUAGGUGAACUGCUUUAAACAUUCUCUGUUGACAGUAUUUACUCUUAUCUACUGUAGGUUUUCAUUAAGAUGCUGCAAACUGUCUUGUGAAACAAAUCCAUAUUUCAUAUAACUUUUUAUAUGGCAGGAUGUUGUAAAUAUGUUCUAGACAAAUGGCAGAUUUAUACAAUUUGUGUAUGUAGAAUUGUGUAACACAGGUACAUGACAGACUGUGCAUAAGGAAUGUGGGACCCCUACGGAGGUCCAAUGUCUAUGGCUUAUACAUGAUGUUAACAUAUGACCUACGGAUAAAUUGUCCGAU